UAGCCGCCCACAAAGCACUUCCCUUUCAUCCGAGCCCUUUCUUUCUCCUCCCUCUGUCCUCUCUCUCUCUCUCUCUCUCUCUCUUCAACCCCCCACCACCACCUGUUCUAACCUCAGCCGUCCGAUCUUCCCCGCCCAAAACCCCAAAUGAAUUCUAGGCGUCGGUCUCCCUUUCGAUAGUCUCCUUCUCUCUCUCUCUGGUUCUCGCACUUCAUUUUUCUCCUCACAAAAGAUGGAGCUCCAAUACCAGGUCGCGCAGGCCGUACACGUCCUCAACCACGACACUGAGUCGUGCAACCGAGUCGCCGCGAAUCAGUGGCUCGUCCAGUUCCAGCAGACCGACGCGGCCUGGGAGGUCGCCACCUCCAUCCUCACAGCCGAUCGCGCCAUCGAUCUCGAGGUCGAGUUCUUCGCGGCUCAGAUCCUCAAACGCAAGAUCCAAAAUGAAGGACACUACUUGCAGUUGGGAACUAAAGAUGCUCUGCUUAACGCUCUCCUUCUUGCUGCGAGAAGGUUCAGUUUGGGUCCUCCACAGCUCUUAACGCAAGUCUGUCUCGCAUUAUCAGCACUUGUCAUUCGUGCAGUAGAACACAAGAAGCCCAUUGAGCAGCUAUUUUCUAGUCUUGACCGACUGCGAACCCAGGAUAAUGGUAAUAUUGCUGUUUUAGAGAUGCUUACUGUUCUUCCAGAGGAAGUCAUUGAGGAUCAAAAUACUGAUUGUAACAUCAGUUCGGAUCGUAGAUGCCAGUAUGGCCGAGAGCUUCUUUCACAUACUCCUACUGUUCUUGAAUUCCUGCUGCACCAAUCUGAGCAACGAUCUGAGGAUGGUGUUCAGCUUCAUGAGAAGAGUCGGAAAAUAUUGAGAUGUUUGCUGAGUUGGGUUCGUGCUGGCUGCAUCUCAGAGAUUCCUCCCUCCUCACUGCCAACUCACCCACUUCUUAAUUUUGUCUUCAACUCCUUGCAGGUUUCCUCUUCAUUUGAUCUGGCCAUUGAAGUUCUCACUGAGCUUGUGAGUCGGUAUGAGGGUGUACCCCAGGUUUUGUUGUUCAGAGUACAGUUUCUUAAAGAAGCACUUCUUCUACCUGCCCUUGCUAAUAGCGAUGAGCAAGUAAUUGGUGGUCUUGCAUGCUUGAUGUCCGAAAUUGGGCAAGCAGCGCCAGCUUUGAUUGCUCAAGCAAGUACAGAAGCACUUGUGCUUGCAGAUGCACUUUUAAGUUGUGUAGCUUUUCCAAGCGUGGACUGGGAGAUUGCGGACUCAACAUUGCAAUUUUGGUGUAGUUUAGCAAGCCGUCUUAUUGGCCUAGUUUCAGAAAAGGCGAACUAUAAGAAGAUUGUGGAAGAAAUGUUUUUUCCUGUACUAUCAGCGUUACUAGACGCUCUUCUGAUACGUGCUCAGGUUGAUGAUUCUACUUAUGAUGGUGAUGAUGGAACUCUCGACAUGCCUGACGGUCUUUCACAUUUUAGGAUGAAUUUGGAGGAGAUUUUAGUAGACAUUUGUCAGCUUUUGGGAUCCAAUACAUUUGUUCAGAAGCUAUUCUGCCGUGGAUGGGCUUCUGCAGAUGGACUGAUUCCUUGGAGAGAGGUGGAAACUAGAAUGUUUGCACUUAAUGUGGUUGCAGAACAAAUUCUACAAGAUGGACAUCCAUUUGAUUUCUCAGUGAUUAUGCAAUUGGUGACAAUACUAUCGAACAGAGUGACCGUUGAGCUAAAGGGCUUCUUGUGCUUUGUAUACAGAUCAGUUGCAGAUGUCAUUGGUUCUUAUUCCAAGUGGAUAUCUGCUUUUCAAAACAACAUUAGACCUUUACUACUAUUCUUUGCUUCAGGAAUUACAGAACCCUUGUGUGCAAAUGCUUGUGCCUCAGCCUUGCGUAAACUCUGUGAAGAUGCUUCUACAGCGAUUCAUGAAGCUUCAAAUUUGGAAAUUUUAAUUUGGAUUGGCGAGGGCCUGGAGAAAAGGAAUUUACCAUUGGAUGAAGAGGAUGAAGUUGUUAGUGCAAUAACUCUCAUCCUUAGUUCUGUUCCUAACAAAGAGCUAAAGAAUAAUUUGUUAGGGAGACUACUUUCUUCUAGCUUUGUAUCUAUUGAAAAACUUGUUGCUGCAGAUAAUGACCAUUCUUUGAAGCAAAAUCCUGCUGCUUAUACACAAGCCUUGAACUCCGCUGCCAGAGGACUUUAUAGGAUGGGAACUGUCUUCAGCCAUCUAGCAAUCCCUCUCUCAACUGAUCUUGUUGAGGAUGAUACUAUUCUGGCCUUACUGAGAGUUUUUUGGCCACUGCUGGAGAAACUAUUUACAUCACCAUAUAUGGAGAGUGGGAACUUAUCCACAGCAGCGUGCCGAGCCCUUUCACAAGCAAUUAAAUCCUCAGGCCAGCAUUUUCUAGUACUAUUACCUAAAGUACUUGAUUACCUGACCACAAACUUCUUAUCAUUUCAAAGCCAUGAAUGCUAUGUCAGAACAGCCGCUGUUGUCAUCGAAGAAUUUGGUCACAGAGAAGAAUAUGGGCAAUUAUUCAUAAACACAUUUGAAAGAUUUACCUCAGCAGCUUCUAUAACAGCGCUUAACUCUUCCUACAUAUGUGAUCAAGAGCCUGAUCUGGUGGAGGCCUAUACAAACUUCACUUCUAUAUUUGUCCGAUGCUGCCCUAAGGAAGUAGUCGCAGCUUCUGGCUCUCUGCUUGAAGCAUCCUUCCAAAAGGCGGCUAUAUGCAGCACAGCUAUGCAUCGUGGAGCAGCUUUAGCAGCCAUGUCAUAUUUGUCCUGUUUCCUGGAAGCUGGACUCAAUUCGGUGCUGGAAUCUAUGGCCUGUAUAGUUGAAGGAUCAUUGAGUGCUGUAACAAUUCAGGUCUUAUCUCAUACUGGUGAAGGACUCAUAUCAAAUGUGGUUUACGCUCUACUUGGUGUAUCGGCGAUGUCGAGGGUUCACAAGUCCGCGACAAUCUUGCAACAAUUAGCAGCAAUAUGCAGUCUAAGCGAGAGAUCAACCUGGAAGGCAGUUCUAUCCUGGGGUUCUUUACACGAAUGGCUGCACUCGACGGUGCAAGCGCUUCCAGCUGAGUACCUAAAGCCAGGGGAAGCAGAAAGCCUGGCACCCACAUGGCUGAAUGCCCUUGCAAGUGCAGCUUCAGAUUACCUUGAGAGCAAGACCCGUGAUGCAGGAAAGGAUGAUCCUGGCUACAUGCGAGGGAAAGGUGGGAGAGCUCUGAAGCGUAUUGUCCGAGAUUUUGCGGACACUCAUCGGAAUGUUCCAAAUCUUACGUGACAUGUGAAAGAUUACCAAUCUGGAUGUUGCCAAUCUACAAGCUUUUGCUCCUCCGAGGCCCUUAAACCUGUUGCUGACAACUCCUGUAACGUAAAACUGUAAAUGAAGGUGUGUUUGGCAGCUUGGUUUUGAAACUCGGUGGUUCGAACCCAGUGCUCAUUGCGCCACAAUCAAAUGCUUUGUACAGUAUCGAUUCUUGUCACUGAAAUUUUGUUACCACGCCCACAAUUUGAGGGCUUUUUUUUUUUCUUUUUUUUUUUUUCUUUUUCUUCUUUACCUUGAAUGAAAAUCAAGUGAUCUUUCUUGGAUGUGAAAUUUUAAACUGUCAGACAGAGAUACUUUGAAUUUAUAUUUUGUAUCUGCUGGCAUGUUGCAAUGAAAUCAAGCUGAUGAAUUUUACUGUA